AUGGCUUCUUUGGGCUUACCGAUUGAGUUGCUAUUGGAAGUCUUCAAGGACGCGACUACGGGCGGAAACAUCGAUGAAGACGCCAAGACGGCAUUCCGCCUCGCGGGCGUUUGCAAGCGGUGGCGCGCCCUCCUUCUGAACUGCGGACCAGUAUGGGCGGUGCUCUCGUUGAGUCAGAGGGAGACUACGAGGCUCAUGCUCGAGCGGUCGGAUGGCGCGCCGCUCGUCGUGCGCGUAAAGCUGUCGGGCGUCCGCGGGUACCGGGAGCACAUGUCGAACGCCGUUUUCAUCCUUGAGCAAGCGCCUGGGCGCAUCCGAGAGCUCUCCAUCUCGGCGGACGACUAUCAUGGGUAUACGGGGAGAGUCGUCGAGAAGUUCUCGGGGCAAGCGGCUACGUCGCUCAACACUCUGGAGCUGACCUCCAUCAAGUCUGCUUCCCUGGCUGCCUUCAAACUCACCCCUGCCAACCUCUCGGGAACCAUCCCUCUGCACCGCCUUACACUCCACAACACCACAUUUUUCGAUGGCUCCGAUACGCUCCUACGCAACCACUGCACGAACCUCGCACAUCUCGAGCUUCGAGCCGUACGACUCUCGUUGGUCGCUCUGCUCGACGUCCUCGCCGCAGCGCGGGAUACCUUGAUCACUAUCAAGCUCGACUCAUUCGUCCCCAUCUCUACACCAGAGCCGCAACUUCAGGAGCCGAUCAAUCUUGCAGCGCUCGAGGAGCUCGUACUGGAUGGCUUAACGACGUUCUCUGGGUCAACGGCCUCCACGGACCUUCUGCGAUACAUCAACCGUCCCUCUACGUCCCGUCUCAGCAUGAUCAUCCAUGCUUACGACCGCCCUGCGGCCGUGUCCGCCGCUCUAAAUGCGUUGAAUGCGCACCUGGCCUCGACUGGCUACAAUCUCCGGAGCGCCCUACUCAGCCCCGUGGAAUCACCUCCUAGUACAUCUGCUCAACGGCAGGGUAUACGCCUCCGUUGUUGGACUUCCCGCGCCAUUCCCGAUGUCUACAAUAUCGAUGAGCACUCGCCAGCCGUCCUUGACCUGAGUGUCAUUCGGGUGGGCUCACGCAGUCCUGACGUGGACGUACGCGUGUUGGCAUCAUUGGCGAGGUCUGCCAAUCUUGCAAGCGUGCGCAAGGUGGCCGUAGCCCCCUUCGAGUAUCGAGUACCAUGGGCGCGCGUUGCAGCCGAAGCGACGCAGCUCAAUGAGUUGAGCGUGUAUGGUCCCGACAAUCUACGCAACCUUCAUCACGCUUGUUGUAUAUCAAAGCACCAGCCGGUAGACGGCCCGGACGCCCCGGUGUAUACGCACGCCGACCUCCUCCCGCUCGAGGCACCGUUUUUGGCACAUCUCACGACACUCAACGUCUACGCGCUCAACCUCGAUGCUCUGUCGCCCGAAAGCGACAUGCACACGCUGACCUCCUUUCUGCCGACCCUUCCGCGUCCCGUGGAGCAAUUGUGCAUAUGCUACUGCAACAUGCUCAGUGUCGACCGCAACGUGAUCGAGCCAUCGAUGGGUGGUGGCACGCUUGUAUGGGACCACUGCGAGCGCGGGCUCGACAGUGUACCCGCGGAGGACGAAGUUCCAGCUACACCGCCCGGAAUGGUCCGCAUACCCGUCGGACCUGUCCAUCCGCCCGCUGCGACGCUCGAGUUUGACCAGAUGCCAGGUCUAGGAGCAGAGGACGAAGUGGAAGAUCAGGGGAUGAUGGGAUUCAUGGACAAUGACAUGGAUGAGGCAGGUGAACAGGCGCAAAUGGGCAUGAUGCCAGCGCCUGCGGUACCAUGGGAUAUGGAGAUGCCUAUGCCUGGAUUCCAGUGGCUCGAUCCACCGGGGUUGGGUCAAAACCCGCCUGUGCAGGGUGGUGCACAGGCUGGACCGGCGGCUAACGUAGGAGAGCUGCCUGACGCAUUUGCGCACCUCCCCGUAGUGAUCGUCAAUCACAUGCCGCACCUGCAGCACGCAGCCCAAGGCCCAUGA